CUCCUUGGUUCUGAUCGAUGGCGGGUAGCAGGUUGUUGUAGUCUCUGUGCUUGAUUGACUGGAGCGAGUCAUUUAUUGAGGGUAGAGUAACUGGCUGAUAGUUGUUUUGUUUUCCUCCAAUAGAGUUUGGUCCGAAUGGCGGUGGAUCAGGGUAUAGUGGAUAUGACAAAUCCUCGGGAGCCGGGUACGUGUGGUAUGCAAAAAGAGGUGGUGUUCUUGAACCUUCCCGCUCGUAACCAUGACCAAACAUUAACUCUUCGUCGUGGUGCAUUGGUGGUGCUGGAGACGGUGGUGGAGACGGUGGUGGAACCACGGGUCCCCUUCCCAUCAUACCAACGAGUCCCGCAUCUGAUCUGCUGACAUCAAGCUGGUAUGUUGCUCUCCUGGGUUUGUAACUCCAGUCUUUAAGCUUCAAUUGCGGUACUUGUUGCAAUUGCUGGGAUUGGAAGUGGCGGGUGCGGGACUUCGAUACCAUCAUGAUGUCAAAGAUUCAUCGGACAACAAUAGGAGUUUGAAGACAAGUAAAUGUAAGGCUAGAAGCUGAGAUAUACAGAGUGCGGGAAAAGAGGGGAAAGGGGGAAAUACUUAAGAAGGCGAAAAUUUCAGCAGGUGGCGCAGUCUGCGCCUCGUUAUGCUUUUUGCUGCCAACACUGCGCCAUAAUAACUUGGUCACCAGGCAGUACAUGUAGCUGAGGCCUGCAUACUCCAUAGUCCCCAUAUUGAAUUCUGCUCCUUCAUCCCGCACAAGAUACAAAGGAAGCAGCGCAGUUCUACAAGCCAAAGAUAAAUGCAAAAAUACAAAUGAAUAGAACCCUCCAGCUGGGUAACAGGACUACGAAGCCAAUCAACGGCUUCCCCAGAGUCGCCCAGAAACUUGCCAGCGACCCAGACAGAACUACGACCAUCUUUCGCCGCUUCGAUCAACUAUCAUCACGAAACCUCUUAUUCCUGGAAGCCGAACUCGCUGAGCUCGAAGCUCUCCAAAAAAGGGCAGACGAAGAUGACCUAAGGUCCACGGAUCGCACAACGAUAGAAUGUCAUAGCGACUGGAGAAAAUUCGAACAGUACGCCACAGAAAAGGAUUUAAAUGAGGACGCUGUACACCCAAAGCAGGCGGAAAGACUAAAUCUAGCCUUGAAAAUAAAGGAGAGGUUGAGUGAGUAUCGUGAGUAUCUGAAACGCUAUGUUGCGAUUGAUCUUAAAUUGACGAAACAUGGCAGAUGAAGCGCUUGCUGUCCACCAAGUCCUUCUCAACGCGAAAGCUCCAGCACCUACAACUGUAAAUGCGAUGCGAAACUGGUUCUUGGGAGGAGAGAGCGGGAAGAUACAGCCGAGACCACAACUUUGGGGGAGUAGUGCAACUAUGUUUGAUGAUCCGAACGAUCUCGUUGCUCUAAGGGUACCAGCGGAUCAAGACCGACUAUCUGGUUUUAUACUGAAUCAUUUCGGUCGGUUCUUUGCUGUGAGUCUCUUCGCUCCAUUGCUGAAGACUAUGAUGUAUAGAACAGGGAUUUCUGACAAAUCGCACCAAAUAGACGGACAGCAACAGCGAUGAAAACUCCGCACACAUCUCGGAGCGUAGGCUCGCGACAGUGGUGGCGAUUACCAGCUCGAUACUAUCAGCGAUCCUCCUCUUCGGCUCGAUCACCUCGCUUUACUUUGUCCACAAUCCAUACGCGAUAUUAGGAAUGUUGGGAGGUUGGACUGUGUUGUUUGCAAUCAGCGUCGGAUGGUUGACAAAUGCGAAAAGGGAUUCGGUCUUCGCGGCCACUGCUGCAUACUCUGCUGUUCUGGUUGUGUUUGUGAGUGGGAAUCUAGGAGGAGUUUCGCCACCGAGUUCUGUUGUACUUGGGAAUUGAAAUUGUACUCAAGUGUGAAACUUAAAUGAGACCCACAUAUUUAAGUAAA